GUAGACGCCCUCGCCUCUCUCUGGCGCGAGAUUGAGGUGACGGGCGUUGUGCCCACGCAAAUGACCUACACGGUCUUCGUGAUGCUGGCUAAGACCGAGGCCAUCGAAAGGCCCAUCGGUCUCAUGUCGACGCUUUUAAAGCUCGGCAUGAAG